AUGUUGAACGAAUUUAAUGAAUUAAAUUUAGAUAUUUUAGUGCCAAAUGGCGUUUUUCAAUGUAAAGAAGAUGAAAUUGACAAAUUAUUUAACGCUGAACAAAGAACUCAAGCUUAUUAUGAUGAAUUUCUUCAUUUAUACCUCCUUCUAACUUUGCCACCAAACUCAAACGUAAAUUCUAAAAGUUCUGCUUUGGAAUUAUUUCAACAAUUCGAUAUUUCGGUCGAAGCAUCAAUUGUCGAUGAAAGUUUGAUGGUGAUGCCUAAAAAUACUCUUCCACCCGUAUAUCUACCUACACCACCGUUGAUGGAUACGAAAACUAUUAAAGCUCCUGAAGGAACUUUGAUAUUUUAUUAUAAUUACAAUCCAAAAAACAAAGAUAAACAAAUGGUGGUUGUUCAAAGAAACGAAUGUUGGAGCUGUGUUGUACCAUUAAGCGUGCCUGUGGUUUAUGUAAAGACUCACGUACAAUCACCAGCAUUAUCACUUGGUGUUUUCGUUAGACAAAAACCAAAACCAGUAGAUUCAUUAAACAACAAAUCUGAUUCAGAUUAUUAUAUAUCAUCGGAAAAUUAUGGUUUAAUGAAUUUAUUAGGAGGUUUAAAAGAUGGUCAUUUCAAUGUAUCACCAAAAAAUUUAAUUUUAAAUCAUAAUGAUAUAAAAAGAAGCAGUUCAUCUUCAUCAACAUUUUCAAAUCAAUCAACUAAACGUUCAGUUCGUAAAAUAUUAUCAGUUAAAGCUGCCUUAAAUGUUAAAAUGAGAACAACAAGUAUUUCGCCCUUAGACAAUAUGUUGAUGAUGUCUGUAGAAUUGGAAAAUAAUUCAGAAACAAAGAAUUCAUUUUCAAUAGAAUCCAUUAAUGUACAUAUUGUAAAUGGAUUUAUAAAAAGAUACGAAUGGAAUCCUGACGACGACAUUGAUCAAACAACUUUUCUGUACAGUAUCACAAUACUUGAAAAUCCGAUAUUUCCAAAAUUUAAUCCACAAUAUUUCCCAUCACCACAACCAAACUCUAAUAAUCAAUUGGUACGAAAAUUUUCAAUAACACCGCCAACCAAUCCAUAUUUAAACAAUAAUCCAAAUUCAUCAUAUCCUGUGACCGAGGAAAAACAACGACAUUUAUCAAUAACUGUUAAAGGAUCUUCUAGAAGCAAUACAAUAUUUUUGCCAACUGGCGUGUCUACUCCAACUGCUUCAAAAUCUUCUUAUAAUAUAACGAAUAAUAAAAAAAAUGGUAUAAUAUCUAAAUUAAAAAAUAUACCUGAAAAUCCUGGAAUCCGUCACAACAAUCACAACAAUAUUGAUAGCAGGAGCAUUAAUAAUAACAGCCACAAUAAUAAUCAUAAAGAAGCUAAUGAUGGUGUAGUUGUAUCAUUCUUGGAACACGAAACUUCUGAUGCUGACGUUAUAUGUUUGGAAAAUAAUGUUAGAAUUGGACCAUUGAAUCCUUCAACGUGUGAAUCAGUCACAUUACAUUUUAUCGCAGUAAAAGAAUCUUUACAUUCAAUAGAAUUGAUACAAUUGGUCGAUGAUGAUACUGGAUUCAUUACUAAUUUACGCAAUGUGCUUGAUGUAUACGUUAGUCGAGGUUAUUACGACAAUAAGAAUUAUGUAUCAAAAGUUGCUACUCAUAUAGAAGUUACAGGUUAA